ACCCACGGUCCCGUCGGGAAUGUUUUGCCGUCGAUUAUCUUGAUGUCAUAUAUUCUUUAAGGGGUUUGUAAGACUUCACGCUCGUCUCAUUGUACGGUAUUCCCGGCGGCCCCCGUCGUAUGUUCGGAGUUCCAAAGUCCACUGUGUCACAGACUUAAAUCUAAUGUCUUAGAUUGUUUUAUCACAGUAUUAACUCUUCCCGCAGCCACUUACGAGAGCUCAAGUUCAAAUUAUUACAUUACCAAACUUAUCCCAUCAUGCCUGGAAUUUUUGAAGAGACUCCUGUUGAGAUAGCCAUCGUCGGCGGCGGAAUCAUUGGCCUCUGCCUCGCCGCUGGCCUUAUCAAACAAGAUGUCAAGGUCAAAGUCUACGAGCAGGCCCAAAGCUUCCGAGAGAUCGGUGCCGGAAUGGCCUUCACGGCUAACGCUAUACGAUGCAUGGGAUUGAUGAACCCGGAUAUUGUCAGCGCUCUUCGAUCUGGUGGUUCCGUCGCCACCUCUCUGGACAAGAACGAUCCGAAUGAUUAUUUACGAUGGACCGACGGAUACAACAAACGUCGAAAGGACGAUCCUUCCUUCCAACCAGUUCUCUAUAAAAUCGAUGCUGGGUACAAGGGGUUUGAGGGAACUCGUCGUGAUCAGUUCUUAGAGGCGUUAGUGAAGGUUAUACCCCAAGAGAUUGUUGAACUCAAGAAGCGCUUGGAUACCGUUGAAGAGAAGGGAUCGGAUGGAAGAGUCCAUCUCAACUUUACUGAUGGGACGACGGCAGUUGCCGAUGCCGUUAUUGGGUGUGAUGGUAUCAAGUCGCGGGUUAGAGAACUCAUGUUUGGGAGUGAGAACCCAGCUUCUUAUCCGCAUUAUACCCACAAAGUUGCAUAUCGCGCUUUAGUACCGAUGGAGAAGGCGAUCCAAGCUCUUGGCGAGUACAAGGCCAGAAACCAGCACAACCACGUGGGACCCAACGCCCACCUAAUUCACUACCCCGUCGCCAAUCAGACGAUGAUUAAUGCGACCGCUUUCAUUUCCGAUCCCAACGAGUGGCCGGAUGACAAGGUCACCGUCAUGCCGGGUCUCCGCAAAGACCUCGAAGAAUCUUUUGCCGACUGGAACCCCUGUCUCACGGCCCUGAUACAAUUCUUCCCGGAGAAACUCGAGAAGUGGGCCGUUUACGAUACCUGGGAUUUUCCCGCCCCUUUUUUUAACAAGGGUGCUAUCUGCCUCGCUGGCGACGCUGCCCACGCUUCUAGCCCGCACCACGGCGCCGGCGCGUGCUGCGGUAUCGAGGAUGCCUUAUGUCUCGUCACUUUGAUUAAGCAGGUCAAGGCCUCGCUAAGAGAGGGUUCGACGAAGAAGGAAGCAUUGGACUCUGCAUUCGAGGUUUACGACGGGAUUAGACGUACGCGCAGCCAAUGGCUCGUCAACAGCAGCCGUCGCGUGUGUGAUCUAUACCACCAGCCGGAAUGGGGACACGAACAGAAGUGGAUUAAGGCCGAAACGUGUUUCGAGGAGAUCAAGGACCGGUCGCUCAAGAUUUGGCACUUCGAUUACGAUACUAUGAUGAAAAAGACGAUUGAGGAGUACGCGAAGAAGCAGCCUUCAAAGGUGGGGGUGAAGAAUGGAAAGACCAAUGGUACUGUGAAGAUUGAUGAUGUUGUAAAGGUUGAUGUCGCUGUUGUGGCGAAUUAGGUGUUUUUUUGGUAAAUUGUAAACGCCUAUUGGGUACCUCAGUUUGGAAUCUUUGUUCAGUCAAUACCUAGCAUUCAUAUUGCAAAUUAGCUUCAAUGAAAAUCGUAAAUACCUACCUA